CUGUCAUGACCUUCCUGAGCUGGUCUUGUGCCCGGCCCCUCAGAGAUGGUGGGGUGGACGCUAAGCAUUCGUGGAAGCUUGCAGAGCCGCCAAGAGCCGGCGAGACCCGCUGUGGAGACUAGCGGCGUUACAGUUGUGACGCUAUCGCGUCGAUAACACUAUCCUAGCUCGCCUCGUCGCUAUCUCCAUACCUGAUAGUUGCAACCUUCGAAGCCAUAACUGCUCCUACCCGUCCACGACGGGGCCAGUUAACAUGGUCAAACCGCUCACAUUCAAAGGCGACAAGAAACCCAAAAAGCGGAAGCGCACCGACGCCGGGGAGGGCGCAGGACAAGAUGACAACCCGGAGCGGCAGCUCAAAGCGGCCAAAGCAGAUGCCGACCUCGUCGUCGACCCGGACAACGACGACAGUUGGGUCUCGGCCGACGUCGUGACCGACAUCGCGGGGCCCAUCAUGUUUGUCUUGCCAAGCGAACCGCCGUCUGCGUUGGCGUGCGAUGCCAAUGGCAAGGUCUUCGCGCUGCCCAUCGAAAACAUCGUCGACGGCAACCCAUCCACCGCCGAGCCCCACGAUGUGCGCCAGGUCUGGGUCGCGAACCGGAUCGUGGGCACCGAGCACUUCCGCUUCAAGGGCCACCACGGGAAGUACCUCUCCUGCGACAAGAUUGGCGUCCUAACCGCCACGUCCGACGCCAUCUCCCCGCUCGAGACCUUCAGCCUGAUCGCCACCGCCGACACGCCCGGCACCUUCCAGGUCCAGACGCUGCGCGAUACCUUCCUGACCAUACGCGCGUCCCGCUCCUCCAAAGCCAACGCGCCGCCCGAGGUGCGCGGGGACGAGACGGAGAUCACGUUCAACACGACGCUGCGCGUGCGCAUGCAGGCGCGCUUCAAGCCGCGGAUCAAGGCCUCGAAGGAGGAGAAGGCAAAGGAGAAGAUCAGCAGGCGCGAGCUGGAGGAGGCUGCCGGGCGGAAGCUAUCCGAGGAGGAAGUAAAGAUGCUCAAGAAGGCGAGGAGAGAGGGGGAUUAUCAUGAGAAGCUGUUGGAUCUCAAGGUCAAGAGUAAACAUGACAAGUUUGGGUGAGGUCAGAAUGGACCAGGUUUACGGGAUACUGUUAUGUUGGGUUAUGAUACAGGAAUGAAAUGUAAUAUGAUUCUCUGCUGUAAUCCAGCUAGCAUGUUCCCUAACUGAUAGUGUCAACAGUUCAAACGAAUCCUGAUCUUCUGAAUUGUAAUGGCAAUGUUCGUGGGCACAUCACACAAGCUUCUUGUGGCUGCUUCCGUGGCUCAGGG